AUGAAGGCGGUGUAUACCUUGAUUAAUCUAUUUUUCCUAGCAGGAGCCAUCCUUUUACUAAUAUUCACUGUUCUUUCAGGCUCAUCAGCUCAUUCUCCUAUUGAUAAGUUUUACUGGCUAGAAGCAGAUACUUCAGGUUUGAGAAAUGCGCCAGCAGAAAGAUCAGCAUGGACGUUUUGGGGUGUUUGUGACACUGCGGAUUACACCAACUGUUUAUUGGGACCUGCUUACCCAAUAUCACCAGUAGAUAAUUUUGAUACCACUAAUAAUAUACCUCAAGAAUUCAUUGAUAAACAAGAUACUUUUUACUACUUGAGUAGAUUUGCAUUUGCAUUUUGUUUAAUUGCCCUUGGACUCACUGGGUUAGCGUUUAUUAUUGAUAUCUUGGGUUUUUGUUUAUCAGUUAUUGAUAAAAUCGUUAUGGUAUUGUCGAGUGCAGCAUUAUUUUUCAUGGCGGCUUUUGCUUCAGUUCAAACCGCUGUUGUGGUUAUGGCCAAGAACGCAUUCAGUGAUGAUGAUAGAUUUGCUAAAGUAGGUGCUAAAUCCAUGGGUGUUAUGUGGGCAGCAUUUGUAUGUAUAGUCAUCAGUUGGGGUUUAACGUUUUCGGCUAAUAUUGUCAAUAGUUUUAACAAAUUUAAGCAAAGAAGGGAAGAAGCUCAACAGGCCCAUAGUUUCCAUGAGAAGUCGAUAAGUGAUGAUUCAUCAUUAAAUGAUACAAAGGAAGUUGUCGACGAAACAAACACUGGCGGUAUACGGUUCUUUAACAUUAAAAGGAACCAGAAAAAUGUAGACGAUGAAUUGGCUUAA